AUGUCGCCCUCCACACCCUCCGUCAACUCCAAGACCGGCGGCAGCAACGACCUCGAGGCCCAGGUCACCAUCUCGCCCCGUGACCAGCCUGGCCUGCCGUUUGUCCCGCGCAACUUGGCCAACCCGGCGCCUCUGGGCCUGACCGCGUUUGCGACCAGCAUCUUCCUGCUGUCCCUCAUGAACCUGCACCCCCGCGGCGUCGCCGAGCCCAACAUUAUCAUCAGCACCAUGAUCUUCUUUGGCGGCUUGUGCCAGUACAUUGCCGGCAUCAUGGAGUUUGUCACCGGCAACACCUUUGGUGCCACGGUCUUCUCGUCGUUUGCCGGCUUCAACGUCGCCUAUGCCCUGAUUUUCAUCCCCGGCACCGGCAUCUUGGCCGCCUACGCGGACCCCACCACCGGCGAGCCGAUGCCCGACCUGCCGCAGGCCAUCUCCAUGUUUGUCUGGGCCUGGUUCAUUGUCUGCGUCAUCUUCACCGUGGCCGCGACCCGUGCCUCGUGGACGCUGCUGCUGCUGCUCGUCUUUGUCGACCUGACGCUCCUCUUUAUUGCCACGAGCUACAUGGUCAACAAUGCCAGCCUGCUGAAGGCGUCCUCGGCCACCGGCUUCAUCUCUGCCUUCCUCGCCUACUAUGCCGGUGCUGCUGGUCUCUGGGGCAAUGGUGGCACUGCUAUCAACCUGCCUGUCGGUUCGCUCAUCCCCAAGCGGGAUUAA